AUGAAGGUUUCUGCUCUUCUGUCCCUCGUUCCUCUCGUCGCAGCCCUCCCAGGCUCGCACGUUAGCACCACCAAGACUAAGGAUGUCAACGGUGCCUUUGGCAUCACUGCCGCUCGCUCUGGCUCGCCUAUUCACUUCCUUCCUCUGACUGCCUCCGGCUCUCACUUCUAUCUCGGUGGCCAAACCUCCACAUACUGCCCCAGCGAGGUUGUCCCCGGCUGCUUCAGCCGCACCAACAGCACCAUUAUCUACGGCCAGGGUGCUUUGGAUGUGGCUGUCCCCGGUGGUCAGGCCAUCUACGUUGACCCAUCCGGUGCACUGAGCUUCACUACUCCUCACUCCGGUUACAUUCCUGCCGGUUCUUCUUCCGGUCCCUUCACAUACGUCCCAGGCAGCUCGAGCAACCCCCUGGGUUCUUGGACUUACUCUGGUCAAGGCGCCUCGGGAUUCAUGGCUUGCCCUGUCCCUGCUUCUAACUCUACUCGCUCUGCUGCGGCCCGCCGUGCCGCCGCUGCCGCCGCUCCUACUUGGCAGGUGUUCGCUGCUCAGCAGAAUGCUACUGUUCCCACAGGUAACCUUGGUGACUGUCUUGGCUUUGAUGCUUUGGCUGUUGGUGUGAAUGUCUCUUCUAGCAAUGUUGCUUGGGAGUACAUCUAA